GAGAGCGAGAGCGGGAGAUGGCGGAGUCACUCCAAACUGGAGGAGGACAAGCAAGCGGCGUCUGUAAGGAGAGGCAGGGGUGGACGCAGAACGUGGUGAUAAUGAGGCACGGUGACAGAAUCGACGCGGCAGAACCUCUGUGGCUGUCUCACGCAGAUCGGCCAUGGGAUCCACCGCUGACGGAUACUGGCAUGAUUCGGGCUUGGACGACGGGAAAGAGACUGAGAAACGUUGGCUUCCCUGUCCACCGAAUCAUCGUUUCCCCUUUCCUCCGUUGCCUCCAAACCGCCGCCGAGGUCAUCACCGCCCUCUGUUGCGUUGUUGACGACGAAACCCAUCUUCUCUCCAUGGAGACUAGUGCGGGCGCAGUGAUCGAUCCUACUCGCGUUAAGGUAAACAUAGAAUAUGGAUUGUGUGAAGUUUUUAGUAUGCCAGCAAUGAGACUCAGCGCACCUCCUAAAGAUGGAAUGUGGCUUCCUGAUGUUUCAGAGCUCGAGGCUUUGCUACCAGCAGGAACUAUAGAUCAUUCUGUUGAACCAUUUAAACAGCAGUUGCCUUUAUGGGAGGAGUCACUGGCUGUCGCAAGGGAGAGAUACCAUACUGUCAUUGAGGCUCUAGCUGACAAAUUUCCACAUGAGAACUUAUUGCUGGUCACGCAUGCUGAAGCAGUUGGGGUUUCUAUUACGUCUCACCUCAAGGAUGUUAUUGUAUAUGAAGUCGAGUACUGCGCAUAUACGCACUUACAAAGGCAGUUUUACACCGAAAAUUCUAAGGCUGUUACUGAAGGAGGCUUCAAGUUGCUAGAGCAGCCAAGCUGGUCUCCUAUUUUGCUGAUGAAGUUGCCAUCUUCUUCAUAAAAGAGACCGGCUCUUGAAUAUAAUAUUUUUCAGGUGCGUUCAUCUUGGUAUUAGCGGUUUUCUGACAGUGAUUAUUACGCUCUUAUUGCUAUUUUAAUGUAAUAAAGAUCCUGUUUUGAUGAAAUCUGGAGAUUAGAGAACAACGACAUGGCUAACCUUACUUUGAUUCUCUUUUUAAGAAAGUGUUUUUUACAGUUUUGAUUUUAUUAUUCUUUGACAUAACA